GUGGCACACCGGGUGGACGGUGGUGGCGGUGGCCGCGGCAGGCACCGGGAGCGAGCGCUGGAGGCGGCGGGGGGCUGGAGCUCGUUGCCCGUCUUGGUGCUGACCUCCAAGGAGCGAGUGGUGAAGCACAGGGCCGCGGGGCUGAGGAUGGGAGCCGGGGCCAGUGCCGAGGAGAAGCAUUCCCGAGAGCUGGAGAAGAAGCUCAAGGAAGAUGCUGAGAAGGAUGCCAGGACGGUCAAGCUGCUGCUGCUGGGAGCAGGGGAGUCCGGGAAGAGCACCAUCGUCAAGCAGAUGAAGAUCAUCCACCAGGACGGUUACUCGCUGGAGGAAUGCCUGGAGUUCAUCGCCAUCAUCUACAGCAACACACUCCAGUCCAUGCUGGCCAUCGUGCGGGCCAUGACCACCCUCAGCAUCCAGUACGGGGACACGGCUCGCCAGGAUGAUGCCCGUAAGCUGCUGCACCUCUCGGACACCAUCGAGGAAGGGACCAUGCCCAAGGAGAUGUCAGAAAUCAUCGGGCGGCUCUGGAAGGACUCGGGCAUCCAAGCCUGCUUCGACCGCGCCUCCGAGUACCAGCUCAAUGACUCUGCGGGCUACUACCUGUCAGACCUGGAGCGCCUGGUGACCCCCGGCUACGUCCCCACAGAACAGGACGUGCUGCGUUCCCGUGUCAAGACAACCGGCAUCAUCGAGACCCAGUUCUCCUUCAAAGACCUCAAUUUCAGGAUGUUCGAUGUGGGCGGACAGCGCUCAGAGCGAAAGAAGUGGAUCCACUGCUUUGAGGGGGUGACCUGCAUCAUCUUCAUCGCGGCCCUCAGCGCCUACGACAUGGUCCUGGUGGAGGAUGAUGAAGUGAACCGCAUGCACGAGAGCCUGCACCUCUUCAACAGCAUCUGCAACCACCGCUACUUCGCCACCACUUCCAUCGUCCUCUUCCUCAACAAGAAGGACGUCUUCCUGGAGAAGAUCAAGAAGGCCCAUCUCAGCAUCUGCUUCCCCGACUAUGAUGGUCCCAACACCUACGACGAUGCGGGCAACUACAUCAAGCUGCAGUUCCUGGAGCUGAACAUGCGGCGGGACGUGAAGGAGAUCUACUCCCACAUGACCUGCGCCACCGAUACCGAGAACGUCAAGUUCGUCUUCGACGCCGUCACUGACAUCAUCAUCAAGGAGAACCUCAAGGACUGCGGGCUGUUCUGAGCCCCAGCCCUGCACCCCCUCUCCUGGGGCCCAGCCCCGCUGCUGCUCCCAUCCCACCUCCACAACCAUCUCCUCUUGUCCCAAACCCCCAGGAUUUGACCUGCUCAGCUCCAAAGCCACACCUGGUGAAGAGGGGAGGGGCGUGAGAAGGACACAAUCUCACUCCCACUCCCCACCAACUCUCCCACCAGUCAGCACUGUGGGGGCCCCAGUUCUGCUGGGCAUCUUCGGGGCUCGAGGUCCUGCGGGUACCUGGGCGACCCUGGAUGCUACAGGGCGCUGGAUACUUUUGGGUGCUGCAGGUCCCUGGGUAGCCCUCAGAGCUGUGGGGUACUGGGGUUCCCUUGGGUGCUGAGGGUCCUUGAGUACCCCUUGCAGAAGAGGGGUGUUUGGGGGUCCUGGGUGUCCCUAGGUACUUGAGGGAUCCUGGGGUGUCCCUGGGUUCCCUUUAGAGCUGAGAGGUGCUGGGGGUCCCCAGAUGACCCUUGGCACGGGGGAAACUGGGGGGUUUCUGGGUGCCCCUUGGUGCUGGGAGUCCCUGGUACCCCUUGGAGCUGAGAGGUGCUGGGGGGUCCUGGGUGCCCUCUGAAGCUGGGGGUGCUGGGCUACAGGUCACUGGCUGUUCCUGGGCACUGGGGGUCCCCCAGGGACUGUGUGAUACUGGGGCUCCCUCGGUGCCACCAUCCUGGCACUGCAGAGCCAGGGGAUGAUCAUGUGUUUGUUCCCCCCCAACCCACAGCCCCUCGGGGUGGGGCUCAGCCCUGCAGCAGCAUCCAGGCUACACCCCCCAGGGUCCCACCACUGCCCUCACCUCCCACAACCCCAGGGGGAUGUCAGCCUAAUUUGUGACCCUCUCCCACCCUCGGGGACGACCCCAGCCCUCCCAUAGAGGUGAAGCCCCCCUGCCCACUCCCAUGUCACACAGGGCGUUUCGGUAUAUGUAAUUUUUCUCUUUCUUUUUUCCUUUCUACAUUUUAUUAUUUCAAACCAUGUGAACAAUUCGGUAAAACAUCCUGUGGGAAAAGCGAGGCCGCAGGCACCGGCUGGAGGGUCCCCCCUGGGCUGGGGGGGACAGCGGGGGCCGCUCUGUACAGCGGGCUCUGCUCUGUACAGCGGGCUCUCCUCGCCCAACGCAACAGCUAGCCCUAAAAACUAGGCUUAGAAAGAGGGGGGGGAUAGAGGCAGUGGGCAGCACCCCCUGCCCACCCUCCUGCCUGAGCUGCCUGUCGGGAUGGGGGCAGCGAGGCGGGGUGGGGUGCAGACCCUCCCCCCCAAGGCACGCGGUUGGGGGGUGGGCUGGCCACGGAGGAUGCCGCCACCACGUAGCACUUGAUGCUUUUAAAUAGUUUGGUAAAAAGGUUUCUUUAAAAGGUAACCUGGCCCCAA